AUGGAACGACCUGUCUCACGGUCUUCACAUGGAACAAGAACCGCUUCGCGAUCUUCUACAAGCACCAACAACACCAAGGUCUCAAUGCAUACCGCGCAUACGUCCAACUCACAUCCUCCUGGGUCCCCCGCCCCGUCGCAUGCUCACCGAUUCUAUCAUGCCACUUGCCAAAGACCAUCUAGCACCACCCCACGAACAACGGACCGAACGUCUCGUUUGACCAGAGAAGCUAGUAGCGAAUCUACGCGACAGCCUGCCAUGUCCUCGUUUCUCCAAGAAAAGUUACGGGAGUCUCGCCAAGCGGAGAGCGACAAGUCCUCAACAUGGUCGCGCUCUCAUACAGAUGCCAAUUCUUCUGGGGAGUUUAGUCGAAGCCUCGGAUCGCCCGCCAGGGUUGGGGAUUCUGAACAUCGAUCUUACUCCCCUUUCACUGAGACGUCCAAGAAGAAGGGCAUGGGAGUUAUGGAUAUGGAGCAGGUAAUUUCUUCACUACACAAGAAGAACUUUGAUCUCAAGCUAGAACUGUACCAUCGUCGGGAACGACAAACAGCGCUCGAAGAUAAAGUAGAAGCCCUCGAGAUGGAAAAGUCACGAGCAGAAGAGACGAACCAACAUCUCUCUCAGGAGAUGGAGAAGCGAGACAAAGCAAUUGAAGAAGCGGUCGCUAUGAUUGUGGCGCUCGAAGCUAGAGUCGAAGAUUUCGCCAAGGAAAGAUCAAUCAUUGAGCAGAUUCAAUCCGAAGGCCAAUACUCAGCUCACAACUUCAAUCCUUGCUACGAAGACCCUAGACCUGCAUCACAGACACCAAUCUCGGUGAAGCGAACGAAAGAUGAUAGGAUCAUCAACCGGAUGCCGAGUUUCAUGUCCGACCACAGCGAGAAUACCGAGAAUCUGCGCAAUGUUUAUCUCGGAGCUAGGGGCAGCGUUCUUAGUCUUGCGCAGGUUCCCGAGGGGCCUGGCGAAGGCGACACUGGUCGCAGCCCAAGUUUGAGCAUUCUGAGCGAAAGUUCCUUUGUUAGUGUGUAUGGAUCCAAGGAAGACGAGGAUAGUGGCCUCCAAGAGGAUGAACCAGUGACAUUUGAUGGCUCCGCCAGCCUUCCAGCCAGAGCCAGUGCUAUCAACCGACCAAAGACAGCUUUUGUCCAGUCUCACAGUUCACCUAACAGAUCAGCCCGAUCAAGUUCUGUUUCCAAUCACCCAGCGCACUUCGACUCAAUUCAGAACGUUGUCGAAUAUAGCUCUCCACGAAGGUCUGAACGACAUCACCAAUCUUCAAGGAUGGCAUCGCGACCCCAAAGCCGGGAUCAAGAUGGAUCAGAACGCUUUACUGGCCGUGCUUCGAUGUCUCCAAACCACCAACGCAUUAAACAGGAUAAGAGGGAUUCACUCCGAAGAGUUACGACCGAGGCUCCUGGUGGUGUUAGAUUGCAUGACCAGAACCUCCCUCCAACACCAGACACUGUCUCCACAUCUACACUGCGACGCUUCAACAACUCCAAUGAGGCGUUGCUCAGACCCCCUACAGCAAGACCAAGCCACAGUGCGCUAUCAGAGGCAUCCGAAAACGACGGAAGCUUGGGAACGUACUCGGGUGUCCGUCUGGAACAGACUCCAAUGCGUGCUGUCAAGGCUUCAGCUCAGAUAAUUGAACUGAACAAUAGAGUCUAUCGCGAGAACCAGGGCAAAUCCAUUCAACGCCCUCGGUCAGCGGACGAAACUACCAUUUCCAACCGACGGGGUAACGAUUGGGAUUCCGAUAUCGACGACGACUCAGACGUAGAGUCUCUCGAGUCGAGUAUCGAUAUUUGGAUGCGUCAAAGUUCUAAGCAGAUCAAGAAAAACGGCCGAACGUCUCCUGACCUCUUUAGCUUUCCACCUAGCGCAGCAGCUAGGGGCGGCUGGGCAAUGGAUGCCAUGUUUGGAGCUGGAAAUGGCCACCAAGGAGGUGCAAGCACAGGGCUCGAUCCUGACAGGAUCAGGGAUCUAUUUCCGGUUCAGCAAGAACUCUUUUCGGCAUCGAUGCCCCCGCCGCCUCCUGAUAGAAGCUCGAGCUUGAACCCUCAAGCCGGGCAACAGAGCAAGACAUCUUUUCUGAGCCGACCGUUGGCCAAUGCCAAAGCCUCUAAGGGGGGCCGUAAGAAGGGCCACCAGAGAAGAGCCAGCGACGACAUUCAGAUUCGGGCGGGCGCACACAUACAGGCUCAAGGACCAUCCACCGGUGAUCACAAGAACCAUUACCCUCCGAUCGCAAAUCAACAAUCCACGCAGAACAAAUUCACCAAGUUCUUCAGAAGGUCUUCUACUGGACCUCCGAGCGGUGCCCCAACCCCAACUCCAAGAACAGAGCAUGGUCCCACCGAACCACCCAAUGGGGCAUUUUCGAGCUCUACUGGUGCAUCAGGGCUCCCACCUUGGAUCAGUCGGACAGGUGCGGCUGAAGAGGAUCGUGACAGCGCAACACCACCACCAAUCAUGCGAAAGUCGCGACAGGGAAGGAAUGUCUCUGUGGAUUUUGACAUGGCUGAUGACCCGAGGAUGAGCCAAGAGUCGGGCACCCCGGGAACACCCAAACCACCAUCGAACGAAAAGGACACAGCGGAGCAGACAGAAAGCCCAAGAGGGGCUGGUGCAACAGGAAGCAGGAGAAAGUGGUUGCCUGCAUUUGGUCUUAGAAAUAAGCAAGGAUAG